AUGAGCAUCUUAUCCACUUUUCUGGGACCCCUCAGUCAACGAGCGCUGAAUCCUAAAUAUGCUCCAUUAAGCACGGGUUCUGAUUGUCGAGUACGGCUAUUGUAUGACUCCUCAGAAGAGCAUCUUGGUCUGGAAACAAGCUUGUCUGAUCUCCUUCGAUCGCAUCGCGAAGAUGGAGAAUCAAUCUUCGUCUUCGAGAGCGAGAGUCAUGAGGUUUUCCUCAUCUUCACUGUUUGCGCACAUGCAGAAACAACGCAGAGCGUUGAUGCUGCUCUGAGAAUGUGCCAAACCUUCAUGGAUGAUUCUCGACAAAGACAAGCUUCUGUGUUAUACAAGACUGCAAAAACGGAUUUAGACCGGCGAGCAGAGAAAACCAUACUGGCUGUUAUCGCACGGUACGAUGUUGAGCUUGCGAAGGCACUUGGGAUUCCAUCAGCGCGGCAGCAGCAAAUCACGCAAACAGUCCAGAUUUGCAAAACCACAGCUCGACGCACAGCGCGCUUCGGUACAGACUUGGUCUCAAUGUCUGAGCUACCCGUGUUCUUCUUCCCCACCAUAUGCAUCGUUGUAGCCUUGCUCCUUGUGAUAGUUAUCAUCUUCACAAGCUUGAAAGAGCCGCAUCAUCCUCAGAAUAUCUUUCGCUCAUGGAAAGCAUAUGACACUAGAGACAGCAUUGGCCCUGAAUAUCAACUAUCGGUUUACGGAUCUAAUGCCACAGCAUGGACUUCAUCGGAUAUAUAUAAAAACAAUGAUUGGGCACUGCGUCUCGACGAUCAGGCGUUAAUUCCAAUGCAUCUGUUCACGCCAUCAGAACAGCGCUAUCAAACAUGGAUCAGCGCGCACUAUCCGAGCAUUUCCGCACUCGUGAAGGAUCGAAAGCAUCUCAAUGGGACAUGGUUAAGCAGUCCAGCUGUGGACAAUGUGAUGGUCGACGAGUUAUUCCAUUUUUCACAUUGCGUUCUUGCUGUUCGGAGGUAUAUCGACGCAAGAGAGAGCCGGAAACACGUUUGUGGGAGAGACAUUGAUAAAGACCAUGUAAGACAUUGUCUUGAUGCGUUGGAUUGGUGGGCGUUUCCUGAUGAACGGAAAACAAAUAUCGAGAAUUUUGAACGACCGUUUGGGUGGAGGACGAAGGUUUGUUUCGACUGA